ACGCCGACAUCAUUGGAGGAGUUGAUGCCAUCAACUUCAUCAUGCGUGAGCCUGCCUCCACUAGUGGGAGCUACAAGAGUGAUCCAUCGCUGGGGAAAUUAUUCCAAACACUUUACAGCAUGCUGCCUGCUGCCAACAUGAAAAGUGACAAGGGGCGCCAGCAGUGAAUGCUUGAAAGACUUUCUGAAAGAGAAUCGGACGAUGAUUCCCCGUGCCUUUGCAUACAACCUGGCGAGUCUUUUUGCGGACUUUUCUGAUCUUAGUCGUGAAGAGUCGACUCAUUGCAAGGAGAUCUUCAAGAGCGUUCUCAGCUCCCUCAUCCACUGCCAGAAGCUGUGCAGGAUUGCUCCAGUACAAGCUCUUUCAGCUCAACUGGUGGUGGCGUCAAAGGCUUUGCCAACAGAGGCAGUGAAAACAGAGGCUGUGACAACAGAGGAGUUGGGCCAAGCAGCAGGACUAUAUUCCAAAUGGGAAGAAGAGCUUAACCAGAGCUUCUUGGACAUUGGGGAGUGAUGCCAGCAACAGCACGAUAAAAGGUGGAAAAGCAGGCAUCCUUUUCCUUCAAAAAUAUUCAGUUUGCUUCCAGAGGUACCUUUUGAUCCAGUCAAAAGGAAUGAAUACUUCCUUUCCAACAGCCAUUUCCGCACUUAUGAAUUGGACCGUCCUGCUCUUGAGGUUGCACUUGAAGUCGACAAUACGGCCCGGUCAAAGCUAGACAUGGCCCUCCUGAAAUUCAGGAGCCGCAUGCAGACCCUGGGCAUCCAAAACCCAUCGCCUCCUGAGUGGGUUUACGGGUUUUGCACUCGGAAUGAUACGCUGCGCAGGCUUGUCAAAAGUGGCUCUGGCUCCUCACCACUGAAAAUGCUGUGCCAGUAGUUUUGUUUUAGUAUAUUUUACUGUCCUUCAGCAAAGUCGGACAUGGCUUCCUCCUAUGUGCAUUUGGUACAGAGUACAGGAAGAGCUCAGAGGCACAAUCAACGCCAGGAGUCCUGGCCAGGAGUGCU